UGGACUCUAAGGCCUGGGAGGGUCAUAAAGGCCCUAAGUUGUCGCGCACUUUACUGACACUCGUAGCCGGGUGAAAAAGGCCUCCCCACCCGGUUAGUCAGCUAGCCAGCUAGGUGCCGAAGCGAUUACAGCAGGAAAGAUGGCGGACGACCCGAGCGCAGCGGACAGAAACGUGGAGAUCUGGAAGAUAAAGAAACUGAUCAAAAGUCUCGAAGCGGCGCGGGGAAAUGGCACCAGCAUGAUCUCCUUGAUCAUUCCUCCCAAGGACCAGAUUUCCCGUGUGGCCAAAAUGUUGGCAGACGAGUUUGGCACGGCCUCGAACAUCAAGAGCAGAGUCAACCGGUUGUCUGUGCUGGGAGCCAUUACAUCUGUGCAACAACGGCUCAAGCUGUACAACAAGGUGCCACCCAAUGGACUGGUGGUGUACUGUGGCACCAUUGUGACUGAGGAGGGCAAAGAGAAGAAAGUGAAUAUCGACUUUGAACCUUUUAAACCUAUCAACACUUCACUAUAUCUCUGUGACAACAAGUUCCACACCGAGGCUCUCACAGCUCUGCUCUCCGAUGACAGCAAGUUUGGCUUCAUCGUGAUCGACGGGAGUGGUGCCCUCUUUGGCACCCUGCAGGGUAACACCAGGGAGGUGCUGCACAAGUUCACUGUGGAUCUGCCAAAGAAGCACGGGCGAGGCGGUCAGUCGGCUUUGCGUUUUGCUCGGCUGAGGAUGGAGAAGAGGCACAACUACGUGCGCAAGGUGGCGGAGACGGCGGUGCAGCUCUUCGUGUCCAACGACAAGGUCAACGUGGCUGGCAUGGUCCUGGCCGGCUCGGCCGACUUCAAAACCGAGCUCAGCCAGUCAGAUAUGUUUGACCCGAGGCUGCAGGCCAAGGUGUUGAAGCUGGUCGACAUCUCGUACGGAGGGGAGAAUGGCUUCAACCAAGCCAUUGAGCUGUCUGCUGAAGUGCUAUCCAAUGUGAAGUUUAUCCAGGAGAAAAAGCUGAUAAGUCGCUACUUUGAUGAGAUUAGUCAGGAUACGGGGAAGUACUGCUUCGGUGUAGAGGACACCUUGAAGGCCUUGGAGAUGGGUGCCGUGGAGAUCCUCAUCGUCUACGAGAACCUCGACACCAUGCGCUAUGUGCUGCGUUGCCAUGGCGCUGAGGGCACCACGCCCGAGAACGAUGAAAAGAUCCUGUAUUUAACGCCGGAGCAGGAGAAGGACAAAUCUCACUUCACAGACAGGGAGACGGGCCAGGAGCACGAGUUGAUAGAGAGCAUGCCUCUGCUCGAGUGGUUUGCCAACAACUACAAGAAGUUUGGCGCCACGCUGGAGAUCGUCACGGACAAGAGCCAGGAGGGGUCACAGUUUGUCAAGGGCUUUGGCGGCAUUGGAGGUGUGCUGCGCUACAGAGUGGACUUCCAGGGCCUUGAGUACCAGGGAGAUGAUGAUGAAUUCUUCGAUUUGGAUGACUACUAGGUAGUCCAGACUGGCACAAGGGGAGGGGGCUUGGGGAGGGGAGAGAGCGAACACAGCUUCUCUUGGGAGCAACACACAUUAUGAUGGGACGAGUUUCAAACAAGGAGGAAAACAAUCACACAUGGUGACAUAACCCUGCCUUAGAACAUAUUUCCAUCCCCUGGUUGGAUAGAACUUUUCUAGAUGUUCCUCUCAGCUAAAAGAGCCUGUGUUAAUUACGGUGAGGUCCAGAAUUUUCACCUGUUUGCCCUCACUGUGCCUGAACUCUACUUAAAUUGUAAUGCGUUUUCAUCAUUACAGAUUUCUCCCCCAUUUUUAAUCCUCAUUUUUUAAAUUUAAUUUAAUUUUUUACUUGCCACAGUUCCUUGUUUUUCCCUCCCCACCUCAGUUUGGGGGACAUUAAAUGGGAUCUGCUCUCCAGCUCCACCCUGUGGCCUCUCUUCCCAUCUUCUCACCACAUUGGAUCAGUUACCUUCCUGUUUGGACAUUCGACUUCCAUCGCUGGUGUGUUACCCAUUCCCACAAAUGGGAGCAGAGCCAUGAUUCUGCUGGGCUGAUAGUCAGAUGCGGUAGUAAUCGGUUCUCCCGCUGCCCUGUGCAAUUUUCUGGACUGGUUUACUGUGUAUGUGCAUGGGGACCAGCUGGACAGCCUCCAGUAGAGCGGCAGGCCACCGUGCUUGGACACUUAACGGAGGAAUGUGCCCCUCUGAGAAGGAAUCUUCCAGGGUGUCUUGGGAAAUGGAUCACUGGUGCCUUGUGGGAGAACGGGGAGGGUGUGAAGCCUGGACAUGGAAGACCGGCGGGGGGGGGAUCCUGUGCUGUGUGAUCUUGUUUAAAUGUCGAGCGGUCUUCAGUUCAUUAAGGAAUGCUCAGUUCUCUCCAUUUAGGCUACAGAAAAGAAACACUGUUUAGUGACCUUCAGUAUUUCUUCCACCCGCCACCUCCCCCCCCCCCGGACACACACACACACAAUAUGUGAAGCUGUCAGAUACUGUAAAGUAGGCCCUGGUGAUAAUUCUUGCGCGCAGGGCAGAAAUCCAAGUGUUAACGGCGCAUUUAUGACCAGAAUGGCUGUGACCAGCGUGGCGCAGUCUGUUUGUGUGGAACUGGGCUGAUGAACUCCCCUCCGUUAGAACCACGGCCUCUGCUGCUUGAUUUUGGUGGCUGAUGAUUUAAUUUGACUCUGGGGCAUAGUGGUGAAAGUUUCAUAUUCAAAUAAUGAUUUUUAGUCUAGCAAUUAAGAGACUUUGGGGAACCUUUGGCUCUGAGAGUGGAGUUUGCCCCCCCCCCUCCCUGACUUGGAGCUUAUAUCAGCAGUCAGAAUCGCUUUAUCCUGCAGCUGUGAAGAUAGACAAAUGGUGGCUCGUUGCUUACGCUCCUGUGGGCCUGGUCUGCAUACAGACCUUUGUCUUUCCUGAUCACUUAUCAGCUUAAAUUAAUUCCAUCCCUGACUGAACUCCCUUAAAGCCGUGACACUGUAGUGAGGUUCAUUUAGAUGGCUGGCACCCCUCUGAGCAAGGACAAGGGGAGCGCAGGCCGAAGUACCGAAUGCGCAGCUAUCCCUCUGCGACAGAACGCCCGUGCAGGAAAGUGGCACGUCUGGGCCUGCGCUCAUUCGCCCGGUGGUUUUGCAGGGCAUGUUUGACUUUCUUUGCCACGUCAUUGGCAGAGUAUAAGUGUCUGCGCAUCCAAAAGAUUAGCCAAGUAUCUGUAUGAAGAAGAGAGUGUGCUUGCAUGUAUGCGUGCCACAAAUAUUUGCACAGGGCCGGCUUUUUUUUUUGUCUGCAGAUCAUUGUGUGGGGAGCGUAGUGUGCAGUUUUUAAAACCAACAAAGCAUUCGUUCCAGGUGUGUGUGUGAGAGAAGCAUACUUUCAAUCUAAUCUGAAUUCAAAUAAGUGGAUCCACUUGGGUAUAACAUGGAGGAGACCAGUUCCUCUUCUGGGCUGCUGUUCGGUUAGUUAUAACUACUUUUUAAUUGUCUGGAUAAUACCUGACAUGCAAUUAACACCUUAAGGCAUCGGAGACAAUCCUUUUAGCGUCUGCAGGCUCAGAUUACAGGCCUCGUGGAGCGGCUUUGUCCAAGGCACUUCUGAACGAACCAACCAGCUAGUUGCGUGAAGGAUGCCACGCCAACAUGACUGCUGGUUGUACGUGUCCGUGUGUUUCUUCUGAUUUCAGGGCAUUCUGCAGCAACGGUCAGAAGAAGCCUACCGUUUGUUCGGUGCGGGAGCGCGCUGGGGAGCGGAUUUCUCCCGGGGCAUAGCUCCCGGUGCGGCACCGGUCCGCUCUCGUUUACAUAAAGACCUUCCCUUCGUGGCACUUCCUCAUCUCGGCCACGGCCCAGUCUGCAGCGUGCCUCACGCCGCUUCCAGAACCUGGACUCUCUGGCGCCUCCUACUUUACUAGUGCAGCGUUUUUUUUUGUUUGUUUGUUUUUUGUUUUGUUUUUUUUCCCCCCAUUUUAUUUUGUCGCCAUCCAUGGACUGCUACAGGACCAGAAAUCAGUUUCUAAUGUGUUGGGUUACAAUCAGUGUUUCCUCAUCGGACACGCUUCAGGAUGCUGGCAUGCCGUGUGUGAUGAACUGAGCCCCGGUGACCGCAUCCCCUGUCUUUGCUCUGGCGGGGUGCCAGCACUGUCCCUCGUGGAGCAGUGAACAUUAAACUGGUUAUUACAAACACAGCUGCCUGAAACUUACAAAAUAUGCAUUAAAACUCCCCUAAAUAAA